AUGAAUACUAAUGACAUUAUAUAUUAGUAAUAACAGGAAUAAUAAGAUAAAUAACCAAAUAUAUUUGAGAAAUUAUGUUCUUGCAUAUACUUUUUUCGCAAGAAAACCCAAAAAACUAAUGAAAAGUAUUAACUAGGAAUAGAUACACCUAAAUCACAUGUAUAAUUGAAAAAUAUAAAUAUGAGAGCAGAAAAGUUUGUGUUUUAGAUUUAGAUGAAACAUUAGUCCAUAGUUAAUUUAAAGCAGAUAAUGGUUUUGAUUUUUCAUUAGAUGUAUUAAUGUCUAAUAUUUAUAGAUCAUAGUAUAAAGUUAAUUGUUUAAAGUUUAUGUAACAAUAAGACCUGGAGUUGAAAAUUUUAUUGAGACAUUAAGUGAAUAUUUUGAAGUUAUAAUGUGGACUGCUAGUUUAAAAGAAUAUGCAGAUCCUGUUAUGGAUAUUAUAGAUCCAUCAAGAAGAGCAUUAACAAGAUUAUACAGAGAUAGUUGUACUUAAAUUUAAGGAGGUUUAACUAAAAAUUUGAAUAAAUUAGGAAGAAGUUUAAAAGAUGUUUUAAUUAUAGAUGUAAAAUUUAAUACAUUUUAGAACUCUUAAAUGUCAUUUAUUUUUUAACCAGAAAAUGGAUUUUUGAUUAAAGAUUUCAUUACAGAUAAAAAUGACAAUGAACUUGAAUCCCUUUUACCUUUUCUCAUUUGGUUAAGCUAAGUAUUUCAUAUUAUAAAUAUUAAGUAAAAUGAUGUUCGUCCUGUUUCUUAAUUAUAUAAAUAAUUUCUUAUGAAUGAAAUAACAUAAAGAAAACCUUCAAAAAAACAUUUACUUUCUUAAUCUAUGAUUUUAAACAAUUAGAAUAACAUUAAAAAGAUUGAUAUCUAAUCAUAAAGAACUCAUACAGUUAAUCAUUGUGAUGUAGAAGAAUUGGAAUUAAGAGCAGAAGCAAAUCUAAAUUCACCUAAUGUUGAAAUGAAAUUAGAAGAAUAGACUGAUGAUGAAAGUCGUGAAACAUUUUAAAUUAGUAAUUGUUGA